UUAAAGGAGUUAAAAGAAGUUUGGGACAUUGAGUGAUAAGAGAGUGAUGUUGGUGUUCGAGAAGGUUGAUGGAGAAUCCUAUGAAUCGAAGAGAUGAGAGAACAAAGCUUUGGAGAUAAGAUGCAUGGAAUUACAACAACUCUCCCUCUCGCUGCAAACACCUUCCUUUAUUGUGCCAGCAGCACUCGCUUUUCUCUCAGAUCUUUUCAACCAAAUUGUUGCAUAACCACUUCUAAAAUCAACUAUGCAAGUCCUUUUCACCGUUCACAGUGGAAGCAACAGAGAAAAGAAAGAUGGGGCAAUAGAACGAUGGUGGUGAGAGCAAGGCGUGGCGAGUCGCCGUACGAAGUUUUGGGUGUGUCUCCAUCCGCAACCGUCGACGAAAUCAAAAGGGCGUAUCGGAAACUUGCUCUUAAGUAUCAUCCUGAUGUCAAUAAAGAGGAAAAGGCACAGGAGAAAUUCAUGAGGAUAAAACAUGCAUACAAUACAUUGCUAAAUUCCAGUUCCCGCAAAAGAUAUGAUUCUGGAAGUCAAGGUUACGAUUUUUCUCAAGGAAGCCGAAGUAGAAAUGCACAACCUGAAGAAGAAUUUUAUGGACUAGGUAAUUUAUUGAGGGAUGUUCAAAUAACAAUAGAGGAAUUCUUUAAGGAUCUUCAAGAAGAAUUCAGGAACUGGGAAGCAAACGCUGCUUCAGAAGGAAAGCCAAAGAGCCUAUGGGAGGAAUUGGCGGAAAUAGGAGAAGAAUUUGUGGAGUUCCUUGAGAAAGAACUCAAUAUUACAGAUCAGAAUGGUGAUUACGAGACACCUCAAGGAGAAAAUGCAUCCAACUUUUCUGGGAGAGAGACACCAAACAGUAGCAGUAAUCCCGGUGAAGCUAGCAAGGGAAGCGUUGAGGAUAACCUUGAGGAAAUAGAAGCCACUCUGGCUCAGCUGAAAAAGGAAUUAGGCUUAUAGCAUAGAAGGAUUUGGUUGAAGAAGAAAAGCCAAAAAUUCAUUUUUUCUCAUUCUUGGCACAAGACCAACACCAGAUUAACACCAGGGCUUCCACUGUUUUAAUGUUUUUCUUGCUGAGCAUUUGGUUGUCCAGCAGUGUUUAUUUAUCUCUCUCUGUAGUUUCAUUUAGUUGGGUGGGUAGAGGAAUAACACUAAAAGCUCAAUCAUGAUGAUUUGGGUUUGUAAAGGGAGUAUUCAAUUCAUUUGGUUUGUAAACUAAAAUAUUUAUACGGACCUUGAACAUGCAACAUUGACAACCUAUUUGAAUUUUUAAAAACAGAAACAUUUACAAAAGGAGAGAAAAAUGAAGACUUGGAUAAUUCUGGAUUU